UACGCGAGCUCAAGGGCUGCGGUAGUCACAUCACGACUGCGUUUUUCGCAGCGCUGCGGGCAGCGGGGCGCUACCAGGCCGGCCCUCUCUGAGAGCACCACUCCUGGGCGCGCGACGCCGCCGCAGCAUCACCGCGAGCGCACAAGUCUCUGAGAGCACCGCGAGCACAACACGGAGGAAAAAAGAUGUCCGUCCUCGCGCACAAGUGGGUCUCGAGCGGCGCUUUGAAAGGCCAGGCCGCCUUCGCCAAGGCCCGGGUCGUCGUAUCACUGCAUGGCAUAAUGGGCCAAGGGCGAAACUGGAUGACCGCCGCGAGGCAGCUCGUCAAGCGCCAACCCGACCACAAGGUGCUUCUGAUUGAUCUGCGCGGCCACGGCGCGAACGCGACGAUCGCGGGGCCGCACACCGUGGCCGCGGCGGCGCGCGACGUGGCCGCGACGGUGGCGCACGCGUGCGGCCCGGACGCGCCGACGCCGUCGGAACCGACGGCUUUGCUCGCGGACGGGACGGCGCCCCUGGUCCUGGGCCACAGCUUCGGGGGGAAGGUAGGGCUGGCCUACGCCGCGGCGCGCGUAGAGCCGCCGAUACGGACCUGGCUCUUCGAUUCGAACCCCACGAUCACCACGGGCGCGGGCGGCGUCGGCGAGGUCCUGGCCAUCCUCGAGGACGCGGCGCGGGACCAGGUCUAUUCCACGACGAAGGCCGCCGUCGCGGCUCUCGUCGAGCGGGGCCUGCAGCCCGCCACGGCGCAGUGGCUCGCCAUGACGACGGAGAAGGCCGACGACGGCGGCGUGCGCUUCUCCUACGACCUCGACGCGGUGAGGGCUCUGUAUGAUGACCAUUGCCAGACGGACCUCUUGCCUGAAGCUCGGGCGCUCGACGACGCGGAUCGCUUAGGUUUGGUCAUCGCCGGCAAGGCUGACGUGGUCCCGCGGGACCUCGGCCUGAAGCAUACCUACGUCCUCGCGGAGAGCGGCCACAACGUCCACGUGGACGCGCUACCGGAGCUGCUCGAAGUCGUCGUGGGGACGCACGGCGCGGACUGGGUCUAG